AAACACCAAAAAAAAAAAUUCUCCUUUUCCUCUCCAUCGUCUAGCCGUCCGGUAGUGUCCGUCUCCGGUCGCCGACGAUUCUAUCCCUCCUAUAUCCUAUCCCCCGCCCCCUCUCCUCUUUUAUUAUCCCUAAAUUUUGCCCUCUAUUACUUGUCCGGUUUUCGUUUUAGGAUCACAUUCGGGAGAUAGAGUGGCGCCGUGAAAGCCACUGUGUUUCCGAUUCUUAUAUAAUCGUAACGAGGAGAGUGGGGAACGGAGAAAAAAAAUAAAAAAAAUUUGGUUCUAGGAAAGGUAGAAGAAGAAAAAAGGAGUGGGAUUUGCAGAAGGGCUCAAAGGUUCUGAGAUGGCGCAGAUUCAGGUGCAGCGACAGCAGGCGGCGGCGACGGGAGCUGCGGCUCCUCCGCCUCCUCAGUCGAUGCCCACUCAGAAUGGAAUGGCUGGUGGGGUGGCGACUGGACCAAUCCCUUUAGGUUCCACCUCGCUCUAUGUUGGAGAUCUUGAUCUCAACGUGUCCGAGGCGCAGCUUGCCGAUCUGUUUGGCCAAGUCGGCCAGCUGGUGUCCAUUCGGGUCUGCAGGGACCAGACUACCCGGCGAUCUCUCGGCUAUGCUUACAUUAACUUCACCAAUGGACAGGAAGCUGCAAGGGCAUUGGAAUUGUUGAACUUCACUCCACUCAACAACAGUCCUAUCAGGAUCAUGUAUUCACAUAGGGAUCCUAGUCUUCGUAAGAGUGGUGCAGGAAAUAUCUACAUCAAGAACCUUGACAAGGCAAUUGAUCACAAAGCUUUGCAUGACACUUUCUCUGCCUUCGGCAACAUUCUGUCAUGCAAAGUGGCUACUGAUGCUUCUGGACAGUCCAAAGGUUAUGGUUUUGUUCAAUUUGAUACCGAGGAAGCUGCUAAGAAUGCUAUUGACAAGUUGAAUGGCAUGCUGAUUAAUGAUAAGCAAGUUUAUGUUGGGCCCUUUCUCCGUAAGCAGGAGAGAGAUAGUUCUACAAGUAAUACGAGAUUCAAUAAUGUAUUUGUGAAAAAUCUUUCCGAAUCAACAGCGGAUGAAGACUUGAAGAAUGUUUUUGGAGAGUAUGGUUCAAUUACUAGUGCUGUGGUGAUGAGGGAUGGAGAUGGGAAGUCUAGGUGUUUUGGCUUUGUUAAUUUUGAAAAUGCAGAUGAUGCAGCUAAAGCUGUUGAGGCUCUUAACGGGGAAAAAUUUGAUGACAAAGAAUGGUUUGUCGCAAAGGCUCAGAAGAAAUCUGAAAGAGAGCAAGAACUGAAAGGACGGUUUGAGCAAAGUAUGAAGGAAGCUGUAGAUAAGUACCAAGGCCUUAAUCUCUACAUUAAGAACUUGGAUGACACCAUAUCUGAUGAAAUGCUCAAGGAGAUGUUCUCUGAAUUUGGUACAGUAACAUCAUGCAAGGUUGUGCGUGAUCCAAGUGGAGUUAGCAAAGGUUCGGGGUUUGUUGCAUUCGCUACACCUGAAGAGGCUUCUCGAGCUGUAAGUUAAAGGGAUUAAUGAGAUGAAUGGAAAGAUGAUUGUUAGCAAGCCUCUCUACGUUGCGCAUGCUCAACGCAAGGAGGAACGUCGAGCAAGGCUUCAGGUUCAGUAAUUGUGUAUCAUUCUCAUGGAUGGUGCACUUCAUUGAAAAUAUUUUAAACACAUGGAGAGACUUAUUGUUCAUAUAUUAUUGAUGUUGUUGGAUUUUCCAUUUGCUCAUGUUUGAUUUGUGUAUGGAAAUCCAAUAUAAUCAACUGUCAUUUUAAACCUCUUAAAUGUGGCCUUUGUUGGUUGACUAUUGUCGUUUUGCAGGCUCAGUUUUCACAAAUGAGGCCAGUUCCUAUGCCUCCUGCAGUUGGCCCUCGUAUGCCAAUGUUUCCCCCUGGUGCACCUGGGCUUGGGCAGCAGUUUCUUUAUGGCCAAGGUCCUCCAGCCAUGAUUCCUACUCAGGGUGGGUUUGGCUACCAUCAGCAACUUGUGCCAGGGAUGAGGCCUGGUGGUGGUCCCAUGCCAAACUACUUCGUACCUGUUGUCCAGGGUCAACAAGGCCAACGCCCUGGUGGUCGUCGUGGAGGCCCGGUACAGCAAUCACAACAACCAGUUCCCAUGAUGCCCCAGCAGAUGAUGCCUAGGGGUGGACGUGGCUACCGUUACCCUCCCGGUCGCAACAUGUCUGAACUUCCCAUGCAAGGUGGAGCCAUGCUCUCUGUCCCCUAUGACAUGGGUGGCAUGGGAAUACGUGAGGCUGCAGCUGGGGGGCAGCCUAUGCCCAUCACGGCUCUUGCAUCAGCCCUUGCCAAUUCAACUCCUGAACAACAGCGAACUCUGUUGGGUGAAAGCCUGUACCCACUGGUGGAGCAGCUGGAGCAUGACUCGGCAGCCAAGGUUACUGGGAUGCUCCUGGAGAUGGAUCAGACUGAGGUCUUGCAUUUGCUCGAGUCACCGGACGCCCUGAAGGCUAAAGUAGCAGAGGCAAUGGAAGUGCUCCGGAACGUAUCUGCUGCUGCUCAUCCACAGGCAAACAACGCAGCCGAUCAGCUCUCUUCGCUGUCGCUGAAUGAUGGUAUUGUGCCCUAGAGUAGUCACGGGGGCUUUAUGUGGAUGGAAGAAUAAAAGAGUGCAAGGGGUUUUGCACCACCGUGAAGACACAUUUUUGGUGAUUUCGUUGUUUUUAGAGAGUGUUCGUUCUCCUUGGAUAUUUCCCAACUUGUUAGGUCUUUUCUGUUCCGUGGUUGAGUUGUUUCCGAACUCGUUUUGUUCUUUGCCCGGUCAAGUUAGGAUGCUGAAUGUUUUUGGGUAGGAUGCAAUGCUUUUUCCAUUUUGAUGUUGUGCUCAUCUGAAUUGGGUUGGUCUGCGGAAUUUUGGGAUGAACUUCUCGUAAACUACCAUUGGUUUGGCAUCACUUCCAUCUCUUAUAUUUUUUUGGGUUAAUACCUUAUUUUGGCCC